ACCUGGGCACCCACCACCACCACCCACCAAACUAUGCAAUGCGAAAAGUGGUGAUAACAGGCCUCGGUGCUAUCACGCCGCUCGGGAUAGGUGUCCGCCGCACGUGGACGCGCCUCCUCGCCAGCUCCAGCGGCAUCGUCUCCAUCGGCGCCCGCAGCCCACAGUUCGCAGUUCUCCCGAGCCAAGUCGCCGGAAUCGUCCCUGAGGGCGCGCGCGCAGAUGGCGGGUGGAACGCUAAAGAGUGGUUGAGGGCUGGGGAUGAACGGAAGAUGGCGAAGUUUGCGCAGUAUGCUAUGGUCGCGUCGGAGGAGGCGUUGGCGGAUGCAGGGUGGAGUCCUACGGCGGAGGAGGACCUGAUGGCGACGGGGGUGUACAUUGGGUCGGGGAUUGGGAGUUUGGAUGAUGUUUAUGAUACUACUUUGGCUUAUGAUAGGGGGGGCUACCGCAAAGUCUCCCCCCUCUUCGUCCCACGACUUCUGAUUAACUUAGCCGCUGGCCAUAUCUCUAUGCGCUACGGCUUCAAGGGCCCCAACCACGCCACCACCACUGCUUGCACCACCGGCGCCCACAGCAUCGGCGACGCAGCCCGCUUCAUCAGCUUCGGCGACGCAGACGUCAUGGUCGCGGGCGGCGCUGAGUCUUGCAUCCACCCGCUCGCGAUUGCGGGUUUCGCGCGCGCGAGGAGCCUGGCCACGGCCUGGAACGAUGCACCGCAGCUGGCGUCGAGGCCGUUUGAUAGAGAGCGUGCUGGGUUUGUUAUCGGGGAGGGUGCCGGGGUAGUUGUGCUUGAGGAACUCGAGCACGCAAAGGCCCGCGGUGCACGAAUAUACGCCGAAUUGACCGGUUACGGCCUCUCGUCUGACGCACACCACAUGACCGCGCCGAGGGAAGAUGGACAAGGGCCUUUUCUAGCCAUGAAGCGUGCGCUGAAGCACGCAGGCCUCAAACCAGCUCAAGUUGAUUAUGUCAACGCUCACGCAACAUCGACGCCUCUGGGUGAUGCAGCGGAGAACAGAGCGAUCAAAGACCUACUAUUGGGAGAAAACGGCAAAGCCAAGGCGUCAGAAAUCAAUGUAAGUAGUACCAAAGGCGCAAUUGGACACAUGCUCGGUGCUGCUGGGUCGGUGGAGGCGAUAUUCACUAUUCUGGCACUGCAUCACAAUUCUCUACCACCGACGCUCAACCUCGAUAACCCUGGCGAUCCUGCGGAUGAUUUCAAUUGCAAUUACGUCCCGCACACGCCGCAAGACUGUCGAGUAGACGUCGCGUUGUCGAAUAGCUUCGGCUUCGGCGGCACGAAUGCGAGUUUGUGUUUUAGUAGAUUCAAAUGAAUCCAAGCACCAAUUCUAAACAAACACAUCCAAG